AUGUCAAGAGGCGGGCGAGGCGGUGGGCGCGGCGGUGGGCGUGGAGGAUUCGGUGGCGGUCGUGGUGGAUUCGGGGCCAACACCACGCCCCUUGCUGCGCUCACCCUUGCGGACAUUCAAUCCCUGUCCCGGGAGGAGAGCGAGUUGUAUCCCCCCUUAGAACCACUACCUCUCUUGACGGAGUAUAAUGAUGAAGAAAAACGCGUCGCGGAGCUGCAGACCGGAUUCGCAACGCGUCUCCGUAACUCCCCCUAUUAUAUCGUAGAGCGGACAAAAUCUACAGAGCUACCUCGAUAUUCGGAUAAAUACCGACCAUCGCCGACGUCUCAGCCGACCCUCAAACGGUCUGAUAUGCAUCAACCGUUCUUCCCUCAAGAAGUAUUCGAGGGUUACUUCAAUCCAAAGAAACGGAGGACAUCCAAGAAGAAGGCCGGGUCGGCCAAACGCGUCAACCUGGAUGAUAUGGUCGACGACAAUGACGAGGACAAAUCCGGGGACGAGCGUUCAGCUGCUGGUUCUCAGCUCGCAGACGACGAGGACUACGACGUUGACGAGGAGUACGACAACGACUAUGCGGAGAACUACUUCGAUAACGGAGAAGCCGACGACAAUGAUGAUCUUGGUGGCGGUGGAGCAGAAGAAGGUGGUGGAGGCGAGUCACACUCUCAUUCUCUCGUUUCUGCUUAUGUUGGCUAUGAAGAGGGGUCUCUCAACCUCAGCCUCCUGACCGAUGGGUUGCAGUCAUGA